AUAGAUAUGAUCAACAAACAUAAUCCUGGGAUUUUCAUCAUCAUGGAGACAAAACUUGCUGGUGAGAAAGCUAAGGAGAUUGCGGCUUCCCUUAGGUUUCUGAGAGCCUCCAUUGUCGAUGCUAAUGGUUUAGCAGAGGGGAUCUGGCUCCUCUGGGAUGAUACUCGUUUUCAAGUGAAUGAGCUCAACGAAAGAGCUCAAGUUAUCCAUGCCAUGGUUAAGGGUCCUUGGUUGGUUAUCGGGGAUUUCAAUGACAUUACUUGCCAGGAUGAGAAACUUGGGGGUAACAUUGUGCCCCAAUACCGAAUCAGAGCAUAUGUGGACUGUAUGAAUUAUUGUGAUCUUCUGGACUUGGGUUACUCAGGCCCAAAAUUCACUUGGGUGAACAAACGAGAAUCCAACCAGUUAAUUAGAGAACGUCUUGAUAGGGCUUGGGUCAAUCCUUCUUGGAGAAUGCUCUUCCCCGAGGCUUCUCUUCGUCACCUUCCUCGGCUCCACUCGGAUCACUGUCCAAUUCUGCUUCAGCUAGAUCCUGUGGUUCCAAGACAUGGGGAUAAACCUUUUAGACUUGAAAAAUUUUGGUUAGAUCAUGAGUCUUUUAAGGAUCUUGUGCUAAAGGAUUGGUCUAAUCCUUAUCUCUCCUUUUAUCUUUGCUCGGUUGCUUUUAAAGAUUCUUGCAUUAGCUGGAGCAAGGCAACCUUUCCUAAUUUCCACAAAAAAAAGAGAGAGCUUUUGGCUCAGCUAGAUGGGAUCCAAAGAACCCUUCAACAUGGAAACAAUCCUUUUCUCCUAAACUUGGAGGAUAUCCUCUCAAAGGAGUAUCAAACAAUCCUUAAGUAUGAGGAGGAUUUGUGGUUUAUGAAAUCUCGAGUUCAAUGGAUCCAAAAAGGUGACAAAAAUUCAAAAUUUUUUCAUGUUUCUACUAUCAAGCGUAGAUCCCAUAAUCGGAUUCUUGGCCUUAAGGACCUUAAUGGUAACUGGUGUUUUGAUGCAAAAGAUAUUAACUCUCUUAUUACCUCUCAUUUCAGAAAUCUUUAUAACUCUUCCCAUGUCCAAUCUUUCGAUGACUCUUAUAUGGAUAUCCUCAAUGGUCCGUCAAUUCUCUCGUCUAGUUGGCAUCAUUUAUCUAACAUCCCUUCCCAGAGGGAAGUUUGGACUGCACUUAACACUAUGCAGCCUUUUAAAGCCCCUGGACCUGAUGGCCUGCAUGUUGGCUUUUUUCUGAAAUACUGGGAGUUUCUUAAGGAGAAAUUGUGUUAUGAGAUCUCCAACAUUUUCUCCUCUGCCAGUAUGACUAGUUCAUGGAAUUCUAGCCUUUUGGCUCUCAUCCCCAAGGUCAACAAACCUGAGUCUGUUUCUCAAUUUCGACCUAUUGGUCUUUGCAAUAUUUCCUACAAAAUUGUCACAAAAAUUAUUGUUCUUAGACUCAAGCCGAUUAUGGAUAGUCUUGUCUCCCCCAUGCAAGCUAGCUUUAUCCCUGGGCGCAAUGGUGUUGAUAAUGUGACUCUACUAAGAGAGUUCAUCUACUCUUUUAGUAGAAAAAAGGGGAGACAGGGAGAAAUGAUCAUUAAAUUAGAUUUAGAAAAAGCAUAUGAUUGUUUGGAGUGGAGCUUCGUCAGAGAAACUCUGAUUUUCUUCAACUUCCCACCCAAUCUAAUUGCUCUUAUCAUGUCAUGUAUUUCCUCUGCAAAUAUGGCGUGCAUUGUUAAUGGUGAUGUCCAAAAUGGACAUUGGAAGGGGGCCAAACUUGGGAGAUCAGGUCCGAUUAUCUCGCACCUUUUCUUUGCUGAUGAUCUUAUCUUUAUUGGGAAAGCAUCUAUUGCUAAUGCUUCUCACUUGAAAAACUUGUUGAGUUUCUUCUGUUCUCGUUCUAGACAGAAUAUAAACCAAAGCAAGUCCAAAAUUCUUUUUUCAAAAAAUACUGAUGAUCUCACCAAGUUCAAUAUCUGUCAUACUCUUGGCUUUGCCGAGACUAACUCCUUUGGCAAGUAUCUUGGGAUUCCUAUUACCCCUAAGAAGGUUUCCAAGAAGGAUUGCUCUUUCAUUGUGGAUAAAGUCAGAGGCAAACUGGCAGCGGUCUACCUUCCUAGCUCGAUUCAUGAUGAACUUGACAAAAUCUCUAGGGAUUUUAUAUGGGGUUCUACUGAUGAAAAAAAGAAAGCUCAUCUUGUCUCAUGGGAAAGAAUUACUCAACCAAAGAGGAAUGGGGGUAUUGGUAUCAAAUCUGCUAAGGAGGCUAAUCAAGCCUCUAUGGCGAAGCUCCAAUGGAGGCUCGCUGCAGAUAAAGGUAAUUUGUGGGCCAAGGCUCUCAAACAAAAGUAUAAGAUUGAGGGACCUAGGCAUGAUUUUUCCAACUCCCCAUCCCCUGUCUGUAAAGAUAUGGCAAAAGGUAGUCAUAUUUUUGGCUUAGGCAUUUCUUGGAUUCCUAGAAAUGGGAAUGAUACUUAUUUUUGGCAAGACAGGUGGUGUGGGUCUAAACCACUAAAUUCUGUCCUUUAUGGUCCUUUUAAACCAACGGAUUGCCACCUGAAGGUGGCUGAUAUUUUAACUCCCCAAGGCACUUGGGAUUUAGAUAAAAUAUCCUACCACCUUCCUUCAGAUAUUGUGGCUUGUAUUCAAGCCAUACCAUUGUCCAAGCAUACCACUGAGGAUGAUAAGUUUGUUUGGAACUCAUCUGCUAAUGGCACUUUCUCUAUGAAUUUUGCUUAUAAUAUUGCAAAAGGUUUGCCUAUAUGCCAAAAAGAUCAAUGGUAUUGGAUCUAGAAGGUUCAUACUCUUCCAAAAAUCCAAUAUUUCUUAUGGCUCCUCAUGCAUGGUCGAAUUCAAACCUUUGACACUUUGGCUAAAUGGGGUGUUGUUACUGAUAGCAAAUGCCCCAUGUGCCGACUGGCACCUGAAACCAUCAACCAUCUAUUCAAGGAGUGUCCUUUUUCUGAUUGCCUUUGGUCUGCUGUUUCUCCUCGUAAUUAUCUUCUUCUUCAUCAUGUUGUUGAUUUUAAAGAUUGGCUACGAGCUAAUUGUGUUAGUGGUAAUUCUAAUUGUGACAACACAAAUCAUUGGAGCACCUUUUUUACCUUCACUUUAUGGACCAUCUGGUUUACUAGGAACCAAUUUGUCCAUAAUAGCACCCAAAUGAAUAUUCAGCAAAUUAAGAGUGUUAUUCUUAAUAGAGUGCA